ACGUGCCAAUGCCAUAGUUGCAACUUGCAAGCAUUGUUUCUUCAUAAUUUAUUUGUUGAUAAAAAUUCAUUGAGACGGGGACCAGAUUAGCUGAUUCACGCGUAUCUUUAGAAGAGACACAACUUUGUCAGAUGUCUGCCAUAAAUUAAUGUCUAAAGUAGUUGUAGACGGCGGCUACAGUUGAAGAGCUUCAAUCAUUGCAUUUGGACCUCCUCAGGCUCAGACCAGCUCUUCCUAUCCCCCCAAAACCCCCAAAAAAAAGACAGAUAGAUUUGGAUUUGGAGAAGGAAACACGCACGCACAGAUUCUCUUCAUCCUUGCCUUAAAAUCGAAACACAGAAUCUAGUUGCCCCGGUCGUAUGGUAACCACAGUUGAUUGGCCAGCUAAAGCACACAACGUAAGCUAUUUGAUUACAAAAUCUUCUACCGUGGACCCCAUGCCUGCAAAUUCCAAAUGAAGUGUCUUGUUUCUUCCACAACUCUCUCCUUUCUUCUCCUCCAUCCAUUCAUUAUUCAUGGCCCCUCCUCUCCUCUUUACUGUUUUUUACCCAAAGUGAUUAAGAUUCCACACGGCUAUGUUUUUUUCCCCAGUUUCUGCCCUGAACUUUCCAUUCCUUGGAAAAUUCUAAUACAGUUUUCUGGGUUGCGGUGUCAGGAAUUUGAAGGCUUUGUUCUGUUUUGUCCUGUGCCGGGAACUGGGGCGAGGAUGAUGGCUUCAGGAAUGAAUUUGAUUACAACCAUAAUUGGGUUUGCAAUGAGUGCCACUUUUAUUGUGUUUGUAUGCACCAGAAUAAUCUGUGGAAGGAUUCGAGGUACACGGUCAGAACGAAUGUUUGAUACUGAAUCCAGAAUUGAUGUUGAGCAGCCAGGGCAACGGAUUCGAGGCCUGGAACCAGUUCUAGUUGCAGCAAUACCCACCAUGUUAUUCAGCCGUGACACUUUCAGUUCUUUAGAAGAUGCACUAUGUUCGAUAUGUUUGGGGGAGUACCAAGAGAAGGAAGAACUGAGAAUUAUGCCCAAAUGUGGUCACAAUUUCCACCUAGCUUGUAUUGAUGUGUGGCUGAGAAAACAAACAACAUGUCCAGUCUGCCGUUUCCCUUUGCACAACUUAUUUGAAGCAAAGAAUUUGAGAUCGGCAACCCUCAGGAUGCCUCGAACUCAAUCUAUGGAUACUCCAGAGACUUCAAUGGAACAUCCUCGUCAGUUGUUGAUUCCAGGUCCUGAGCGUUCUGUGGGAUAUGAAACUGGCCAAGGCCAUCCUGAUUCUGUCACAGGAGAGACCCAAGGGAGACAUUGAGCUAUGAAUUGUGAACAGGCGUCUACUAAUUUCAUGAAACUGGCGGUGAGUAUACCUCAUAUUUGUACAUAAAUAUCAACUACAGCCCGGAAUCUGUAACAUUACUCUGGAAGCAAUUCUUAUUUGCUGCUCAGGCAGGAGAAAAAUGGGAAAAAGGCAAAGUGGCCAUUUCAAGAUCUUAAAACCAUUUUUUUUUUUAACAACAAAUCCUUCCAAUGUAACUAGAGCCAGUAGACAAUGGUAUGGAGACCUCAAGAGUGCAUUCCCUUUAGUUGUCGAUUCCAGGUCCUAAGCGGUUCAACUGGCCCUAGGCCAUCCUUAUUUUGUGAGAAAAUGUGUAAAUAAGGAUUUUAAUUUUGUGAAUUUUUACUUAAAUAUGUUAAUUAUGUUAUUUUUUAAAUAAUUAUGUUAUUUUUUA